AUGUGGGCGCGAGCUGUGCUGUGCGCGGCGCUGCUGUCUGCACUCUGUCCGGCGGGGCGGACGGAAGCCGAGAGGGACGAGAGAGACGUCCAGGACUACCGCUACAACUCCAACAGACUGCUUGGGGCUCUGCACGAAGUGCUGGAGAAACUGCAGACCAAGAGGAUUAAUCCCUGGGAGAAGAAAUACGGACAGGUUCCCUCUUGUGACCUGGGGGAACACUGCGCGGUCAGGAAAGGAUCCCGCAUCGGUAAGAUGUGUGACUGUCCACGAGGAGCCUUCUGCAACUUCUUCCUGCUGAAGUGCUUAUGAGGCCGGCCCACGAUGUCUCUUUUUCCAAAUAUACACACAAAUCAAAUUAAACUACUGUAAAUGUAGCCUAGGAAAUGGAAUGACUUUUAUGAACCUUUAUUUAAAGGCAUUUUGCCAAAUGAUGUGAAUUUUUGUCUGUGCUGUAUUAAAGAUGU